UAUUAAGUUAUGUAUGUACCAUGUCUGUGUUCUCUUGAAGCCUUAAAUCAAGAAAGAAGGUAACACGGCUAAUUUACUAGUCUCUCUUCUUUACAAGCAUUUUGAAUCCUUUUACCGCUAUUUCGAUAUUUUUCUCAGUUUUACCAAUGUGUAAUCUUAAAUUUAAAACUUGGAGUCUAGAGAAGUUCUUUACUUUUAGUUUGCAUUGAUGGAAGUUGCUUCAGGGCCAUUUUGUAAUUUUCGAAAUGUAAUUUAAGUCUGUUAUAUUCUAUUGCUAGCAGUCGAAAUAGAUUUUUUACCGCCUCUAUAUUUUCUUGGUUUCUCCAUUGUCACAGCAGCCUUUGUAGAGUUCCUUGUCCUUGGCACAGUAGCUUUGAACUUUCGAUCAAAUAAAAUAAAUAUGGUCUAUACUUUUCUGUCACUAACGGUCAUAAUACAUUUUGUACCGCCUUUUCCAUAUUUUUUGCCACUUUUUAAAAUACUGUAGAUUUGGUAAAACUCCUUUCUUUGUACAGUAGUUUUGUACUUUUUUGCAUUAAAUUGUUCCAAGCGAUCUCUCCCUGGCCAUCCUUACAAGCCUGCACAAAAUGUAAGCUUAUGUGUUUGAUAUUCAGCAGUGGUUGAAAUUUACAGAGUUUACAUGGCCUAUAGUAUGUAGAAUUUCUCAAUUCCAGCUGUAAAGAAGGGUAAAUAAACUUAUGCUGAAUUUAUGACUUGAUCAUUGCGCAAUUGGUUAUGAUGGAAAAACUAUGUAUAGAUAAAUAAAAAGUAAGGGAGUAAACUAAAUAAAUUAGGGAGGCGGAAAAUUGCUCUUUUGUAGACCACCCCUAGUACUUAGCACUGAGGGUUCAUCCUGUUUAAAGAUUCAUUAUAUUUCAAUUGUUUUAUCUCUGUCACCAUCACCAUCAUUCUCGUUCUCGCUCUCGCUCUCGCUAUUGUUGUUGUUAUUAUUAUUAUUAUUAUUAUUAUUAUUAUUAUUAUUAUUGCUUCAACUCCCAAUGUUAAGACGAACAUAAAAAACUACAUUUCUUACAUCAGCACACGGUUAAUAUAGCCCUGCCAACCAAUUAAUUUAAUGGCUUAAACAACCUUUAUUUAAGUAUACAGCAUUAUCGUAACAUAACAGAAUCUUUGCAAAGUUAACUGGUCUUGAACUUUUACAUCAGAACCUGAUGGUGCUCCCCAAAAUGUGCGUGGACAGAACAGCAGCUCAACCAGCAUCUUAGUCAUGUGGGAUGAAGUUCCAGCUGAUCAACAGAAUGGUAUCGUCACGGGUUACACCAUUACUUACUACUCACAAACAGAGAAUGACAAUGGAAGUGUUUCAGCUGGUCCUCAUGAUCGUCAAAAGAAUUUGACAAAUCUACAGGAGUACGUCAACUACAAUAUCACAGUGUUUGCAUCUACUGUGAAAGGAGAUGGACCAGUCAGUGAUCCUGUUAUUGUUGUGAGAACAGAUCAGGAUAAACCUGACGGUGCUCCACAAAAUGUGAGAGGAGAGAACAGCAGCUCAACCAGCAUCUCAGUCAUGUGGGAUGAAGUUCUAGCUGAUCAACAGAAUGGUAUCAUCACGGGUUACACAAUUACUUACAAGUCACAAGCAGAGAAUGACAAUGGAAGAGUUCAAGUAAAUGACUCUGCUCGUCAGACAGAAUUGACAAAUCUGAUGGAAUAUGUCAAAUACAAUAUCACAGUGCUUGCAUCUACUGUGAAAGGAGAUGGACCAGCCAGUGGUCCAAUUGUUGUUAGAACAGACCAAGAUAAACCUGAUGGUACUCCACAAAAUGUGAAAGGACAGAACAUUAGCUCAACCAGCAUCUUAGUCACGUGGGAUGCAGUUCCAGCUGAUCAACAGAAUGGUAUCAUCACGGGUUACAACAUUACUUUCAAGUCACAAACAGAGAAUGACGAUGGAAAUGUUCAAGUAAAUGGCUCUGUUCGUCAGACGGAAUUGACAAAUCUAAAGGAGUACGUCAACUACAAUAUCACAGUGUUUGCAUCUACUGUGAAAGGAGAUGGACCAGCCAGUGACCCAAUUGUUGUUAGAACAGACCAGGAUAAACCUGCUGGUGCUCCACGAAAUGUACAAGGACGGAACAGCAGCUCAAACAGCAUCUUAGUCACGUGGGGUGACGUUCCAGCUGAACAACAGAAUGGUAUCAUCACGGGUUACAACAUUACUUACCAGUCACAAACAGAGAAUGACAAUAACAGUGUUUCAGCUGGUCGUGAAGAUCGUCAAAAGGAAUUGACCGGUCUAAAGGAGUAUGUCAACUACAAUAUCACAGUGUUUGCAUUUACUGUGAAAGGAGAUGGACCAGCCAGUGAUCCUGUUAUUGUUGUUAGAACAGACCAAGAUAGUAAGUAAUUUAUUUUUAUCAGGUUUUUUGGGGAUGUUUUGGUAACUUGGUAGUGAGUAAGUAAUUUUGUCUGUGGGUGUUAUGAUUGAUUCUCUCACUGUAGUGAAACACUCAAGAAUACAGUGAAUUUAUUGUAAAAUGUACAGCGAUAAUAUAUAUAAGUAUGUUUUCAUGAAAAGUGAGCUGUUCUUUCUGUGACUGUCUGUGUGGCGUCAAAUUUUUGAAGGAAUACUUGUUGCUUUAUGUUAGUUGUUCUUAAAUCGAAUUAUAGAUCAUCAUGCGAAUUAGUUGGAAGUUUUUUUUAGCGUUCCCGUACGAAGCCCAGUUUGCACGGGGCCAGAAUG